AUGAAUCCUAAGGUGUUUAUGGAUAUCAAGAUUGGCUCACAAUCAGCCGGCAGGAUGGUUUUUAGCCUCUUCUACGACACUGUUCCCAAGACAGCCCAGAAUUUUCGUGCUCUCUGUACUGGUGAGAAGGGCUUUGCUACUACCGUGAAAUCGAAGCCAUUAUGGUAUAAAGGGAGCAAAUUUCAUCGCGUUAUCCCCGAGUUCAUGGCCCAAGGUGGAGAUUUUACACGUGGUAAUGGUACAGGUGGUGAAUCUAUAUAUGGACAGAAGUUUCUUGAUGAGAACUUUAAGUUGAAACAUGAUGAUCAGGGUCUGUUGAGUAUGGCUAAUUCUGGUCCAAACACAAAUGGGUCUCAGUUUUUCAUUACAUUUAUUCGAACUCCAUGGUUGGAUGGUAAACAUGUUGUGUUUGGAAGAUUGGUAGAUGGAUGGGAGGUAUUAGACAAAAUUAAAGUAUUAGGAACAACAAAUGGGACACCAAAAGAAGAGAUUGAAAUAGAAGACUGUGGAGAAUGCAAAGAAUAA